AUGAAUAGUAAAUUAUCAGAAUGCUGCAUAGUUUGCUUGGAGAAGAUGUCUCAAACAAUAAACCUAAAUGAAAGUAAUGAGAAACUGAACAAGCUAUCAGCUUUAACUCAUGUAGAGUUUUCUAUUUAUAUUGAAUACUCACACCUUCUUUGUACUUCAUGUGAUGAAAAAUUAACUUCAUCAUACAGCUUUCUACAGCAAAUCUUGAAAAGUAUAAAAAUUCUGGAUGGAAGCAAAAUCAAGUUCAAAGAAACAAUUGUUUCUGAUGAAGAGACCAGUGAUCCUCUAAUUAAAUCUGAUCAAACUUCUAAAAGUAAUGAUACAGACCCACUAGAUGACUCCCUACAUACAAUCAGAAGAACUCCUAGUUCUUCAAUCAAACCAGUACCUAUUGAGGAGGUUAAUAAUGCCAUUGAAGCAUUCAAAAAAGCUAGAGGAAAAUGUGAUAAUUGUUUGAUAUGUGGUUUCACUGUGUCUCAAAGGAAGUAUCUAAUAAAGCACAUGGCAGGCCAUCAUAAAGAUCAGGUGCCUGAUUGGUGUAGGGAGUGUAAUGGAAUUUUCGAAAAUAUGGAUGAACACAGGAAAACACAUAUGCAGAAAUUUCCAUGUACUUUCUGCGAAAAAAUGUUCCGUGCAAAUUCUUACGUUGAACAUGUAAUGUGUCAUGCAGGUGCAUUUAAGUGUGAUUUGUGUGGUAAUAUGUUCAAUUCAGCAUCAUCGUUGAAAAAACAUAAAUUCCUUCACACCAACUACAGACCGCACAGAUGCCCGAAUUGUUUGAGAGGAUUUUUACAGGCAGCGGCACUGAGAUAUCACCUCAAUAAUAUCCAUGGUAAACUCAGUUGUGAAAAGUGCAUGAAGCAUUUUCACAAAAAAGACGAACUGCAUCAACACGAAUGUGUUCCGCCAGAUAUUAGCGAACAACAAACAGAAAAUGGACGAAACUACGAAGAUUAUUCGAAUAAUAAGUUGAAAGAUAACAAAGUUGCUGAAAAAAUAUCAGAUUGUCCGGAGAGUCUCAGUGAUAGUGACUCCUUGAAAGAUGCCGAUGAAAAUUCUAAUGAUACUGUUGAUAACUUAGACACAUUUGAGGACAUUUCUUUCGAAUAUUGUGAGAAGUGUGAUAAAAAAGUGGAUAAUCUGGAAAAACAUGCAGCAAAUUACCAUUCUAAAUUGAUGUGUGAAAUUUGUCAAAAGGAGUUCAGGAGUUCAUAUAAAUUACAACUUCAUAUUCAGAUUCACAAUGGAACAGUACCUAAUGAAUGCCGUUAUUGCCAGAAGAAAUUCCAUCAUAAAGUGAAACUUGCAGAACAUGAGAGAACUCACACUAAAGAAAAACCAUACAAAUGCAAUUUUUGUCAAAAAAGUUUUACUCAAAAAUCAGUUCUCAAUACCCACAUGAGACAGCAUACUGGGCGUCCAGAGGUUUGUGAUAUAUGCGGUAAGCGGUUUUGUAGAAAAUCAGAACUGCGGUUGCAUCUGAGCAAACAUACAGGAGAGAAACCGCACCUUUGUUCUUUUUGCGGUAAAAACUUCGGACAAAAGAGCCACCUCAAUCAGCACAUGAUAUCACAUAGAGAGGAUAGACCACAUCAAUGCCCGUUCUGUGAAAAAGCUUUCAAGAGAAAUGAACUGUUGAAAGGACAUCUAAGGCUCCAUAGUGGAAUCAAACCAUUCAGCUGUUCGUAUUGUUCGUAUACAUGUUAUCGUCAGUACAGACUUCGAGAACACAUGAAAAUACAUACAGGACAAGUUCAUCAGUGUGUAUCAGAGGCAAAUAAAGAUGGUAACGUUUAA